UAAGUUCUGUAGAUUCAUAUCAUUGGAAUUUAAUAAAUCUGCAAAUCAUUCCUAAAUUUGUCACCUUCACGGUUAUUACACAGUGUAGUGAUAAAAGCUGCGUAUAUCGUUUUUCGAUUCAUUCAUUGUCCGCGUGUUCACCAUGGUUGGCUACUCGUUUCUGUUCAUUUGUAUUUUAAUAGUGUCAACUAUCUACUCCCAACCCCCGCCGGAUGAUAAGGCAUGUUUCCAAGGCAACAAAGUGGAUGCCAAUGGAUGCUGUGAGCUUCCGCGAUUUGUUGCUCGCGAGAUCAACACCAAAUGCGAUGAAAAGUACAAACCACUGAGUCCUCGUCUUCCGCCGGGAAUUCAACCUUAUGAAGGAUCUUGUGUCAUCGAGUGCCUCUUCAACACGACCGGUAUGUUCAAGGAUGGAAAACUGCUGCAGGAUAAAAUCCAGCAGCAACUUAAGAAAACGAUUGGUGCCGACAAAAACUUUGCUCCAUUGUUGAACGGAGUCGUGGCCGACUGCUACAGAUACGUGAUGGACAAUCCGGCAAAUAGUUUCAAGCCCCUCCCCAUGACCCCGGGUAGACCGGGAUGUAGCUUCAUCCCGCAGGCUUACAUGAAUUGCAUCAAGAGCGAACUAUUUGAGAACUGCCCAAAAGCAAAUUGGACUGCAGCUGAUGGGUGCGAUUUGCUCAAGCAAAAGUUGAACGUUGGCUGUUCCUACUAUUCGAUCAUGAUUGGGGUAAAGGGACUGAAGUCAUAAGAGCUUCAAUGCAUGGAAUAAGACGAAU